AUGACAGCCUCACGUCAUUCCACCGUACGACAUGGUAAUGCCACGUAUGUCAAUGCCGGUCAAAACUCUACACCGAAGAACCUGUCCCGUCAGAACUCCCCAAUUGUGAUCGAAACUACCACCUCAUUGCGCCCUAGUGAUGACGCAGAAGAACUGAAACGUGAAGCGGCAAGGCGAACCCUGUUCCAGAAGAUAUCCAAUAACCAGUUCGACAUACCCAACGGAUACCGCAAAGUCGAAGUUCUCAUACUCCGUUGGGAUGAAAGCAUCGAUGAUUUUGGAAAGGGCCACAAUCAGGAGGUCCAAAGAUUGGAGGGCAUUUUCUCCGAUCUUGGCUAUGGGGUCACGGUCGCAAGCAUCAAAGAUGACCAUCCGCAAGUAGAUUUCAACCUCAAGAUCCUCCAGCAUAUACGCCAACAUGACGGAGAUGACAAUCUGCUCAUUGUGUAUUACACAGGCCAUGGAAGUCAGGUUCGAAAUGGUCAGGUUCGAAAUCUUGAGCUGUCUGCAACAGAAGACUCGAGCGGACAUGGUGACAUUGCACCGACUGUUGCUGCGCUAGCACUGCAGCAGUGA